AUGGCGUCCUCAAGCAUCUUGCCCGCAACGGUCCUGGACUACAGUGAGCAGAUACACUCCAAGGAAUCCAACUACAUUUCCAAGUUGUCCGAAAUUGGGGGCAUUGUUACCACCAGUCGCGAAGCUUUUGUGCGCCGUGUUGACCCAACCGCCUCCGACGACAUCGAUGCUCUACAGAACCCAGAAUUUAAGCUUCCCAGUUGGAGAUCCCUAUUCAUUAUCAUCGGGGGAAAUGCAGUAUUCCAGCUUUCUUUCUUCAUUAUUGUUUCGUCUGCUAGUGCAUAUGCUGAGCAUCUGGGAGGAUCUGCGACAUUUUCUGGUUUGACUAUUGGUAUCCCCACGGUGUUUUCAGGCUUCACUUUGAUUUUCGUCACGAAAUACGACGGAGGUCAAUAUGCCGGGCCUUUGAACUUGGCAUAUGGAUCAAUGGUCUUAGGGAAUAUCCUCUACGCACUAGCAUACAAGGCCAACUUCCUUUACCUCAUCCUCAUCGGUCGCAUCGUAUCCGGAUUUGGUUUUAUUUCGUUCAUGUACAGCAAAAGAUAUUGUUCCGACCCUCGCAUCGUCGGUAUCCGCAGACGUACCACACUUGCAGGGCUGCUUGUAGUAGGACAGGCGUUUGGCUUUUCCGCUGGCCCUUUUUUCGGUGGAUUACUGUACAAAGUUGGCUUUGGGAACCAGGUUUUCAACGGCGUGACUAGCCCUGGCUGGAUCAUGGCCGUCAUCUGGUUGAUGUUUUGGGGUUUGAGCAACCUUAUGUUCCAGGAUGUUCCCCGUCAACAACGACCCCAAUCCAUCGAACUGUCGCCCGUUGAUGGCACAACCGAACAUAGUCAACCACCCCAAUCCUUCAAGGCGGCGCUUCGGGAGAUUACACCGCCCCAAUGGGGUGUGAUAGUGUGCAUGUGCUAUUAUUCCAUGACCUGUUUCCUCAUCCUGGGCAGCUGGGAAGCCAACAUCCCCGUCUUUACCGCUGAGGCCCUUAAUUAUUCGCCAUACAACGCCGGCAACUUCAUCGCUCUCGGCGGCCUCGUUUCCUUCCCCUUCCUCCUCCUAAACGUAUGGUAUGCCCGUCGCAUUCAGGACCGCGUCAUUCUAGCUAUUGGCACCUCCCUCGGUAUGCUCGGGCUUCUCAUAAUGCUUGCUAUACUUCAAACCUCCAAGGUUACUUUUGGCUCUCUCUUUGUGUGCUGGUUCCUUAUAGCACUGGGAUUCAACUUGGCCAGCACGUGCACCUUAAGCCUCCUGUCCAAACAGCUUCCCGACACUUGGAAUCGGAAAGUUAGUAUGGCCAUCCAGUAUAGCAAUUAUACCGGGCGUGUCACGGGAGCCAUUCUCGGAGGAGCUGGUGUCAAGAUGGGUAUGACGAAUUACAUUGCUGUUCAGCUCAGUGUAGUUGGCCUCGGCGGUGUAAUGUACUUGACGUUAUGGAAGCAGCUCAAAGCCAAAACUGGUUGA